AUGGAAUAUAAAAAAGAUAUUAAAUUAGAUUUAAAUUCUGAUCUCGAAAAGUUAACGCUUAUCAUUAAAGAUGAUAAUGAGCAAAUUAAUGCACCGGAAUCUUUAUGUUCCGAGAUUUUUAAUGAUUUUCCUUACAUUAAUGAUAUAAGAAGCAUGAAUUUUACUUCAAUUGAAACAUUUAAAGCACUAAUAGAAUCAGAAUUUGUUGAUUACUUCUGCGAAAAGCUAUAUAAUCACUUGAAUAAUAAUUCUGGAAAAUAUCAGAAUAAUGUUUUUCGAAAAAAAGCUACGGAUCCUUCAUUAAUACUAUCAAAUAUUUGUCUUCUAUUCUCAUCUGGCCCGUAUGAGUUUCAGAUGGAAUUAAUUAAUAGAAAUUAUCCAAAACUGCUUGUAAGAUUUCUGAACUCAGCAAAUACGCAAGAACAAUUCAUCAUUUUGAGAAGUAUUUCCCACACAAUGGGAUCUAAUGAAGAAAUUAUCGCUUAUUUCGUACAGAACAUGGGCAUUCAGCCAAUUAUCGACAUAUUAGAAAAUACUAGCGAUGACAAAGUUAGAAAGCAAGCUGCUUAUAUUUUAACCCAAUUUUUAAAAAUCGAAUUAAUACAAGCACUUUUCGAGCAAAUUACAGACUUAUUACUAACAACAGCCAAAAAGUAUCAUGAGAUUUAUAAUUACUAUCUUGUUCUUGCUUUACACAACGUUUCUUUGUAUAAUCCUUCUUGGCUUCUUGUUAAUAACAAAUUUUUAUCUUUACAGCACUUCAUAAGCAUUUCCGAUGAAGCCAUAUCCGCUUUUGCAUGCGAUGCGAUAACAAGAACCAUUCAAGUCAUGGAUAUGGAAACAUUCCAAUCAUUUAUAGUAAACUGCCAGAUCUGGGAUAAAAUAACUAUGGCCAUUAUCAAAAACGAGAGAAUAACUGUAAGAAAGUCAAUUCUUGUGUUAGCAAUUUCAAUUAUUCAGAAAGAACCAGAAUCACAUAUAUUAGGUAUAGAAGCUAAGUUUUUCAUUACAAUAGGACAGUUGUUAGCCACUAGUUCACAUGAAAUUAAGCAUUUAAUUUCUUUAUUUUUUAUUGAUAUAUAUGAAUAUCUAGGAAAUACGAUUUUCGAAAUAGUUUCUGUUGAAUUUGAGAUGUUUUCAACCUUGUGCUCUUUAAUUCAGCAGCAAUCAUUUGAAAAUUUGCCAAAAUUAAUUAUUAUGCUGGGAAAUCAUGUCAAACACACUGAAAACUUUCCAGCAGAAUAUGCAGAAGAAUAUAAAGAAGCUUUAAUUGAUGCUAUUGACACAAAUGAUGAGAUUGCUGACCUUGCAAUAACAAUUCUUGAUGAUUUAUUUGGUGACAAAAAUCAGGAUUAA